AUGGAUAUCUUAUCAUCCACGCUACACCAGGCUAACUCCACCACCUCGGGCUACUUUCACACAUUGCUGAGCCUUCAGGCAUCUCUGGACCCAUUUGUGACCCAGUUGUCGUGGAUGGAAAAGCUCUGGGCAUCCUGGUACUUGUACAUCGGCAACGACACCUUUGCUACCGGACUUCUUUUCUUCUUGACCCACGAAAUUUUCUACUUCGGAAGAUGCCUUCCCUGGUUCAUCAUUCAACAAAUUCCCUACUUUGACAAGUGGAAGAUCCAGCCCACCAAGAUUCCCAGUAACAGAGAGCAAUGGGAAUGCUUGAAAUCGGUAUUCAAGCUGCAUUUGUUGGUGGAGGCGCUUCCAAUCUGGGCCUUCCAUCCCCUCUGCUCUAAGCUCCAGAUCUCGGUGGAUAUUCCAUUCCCUUCGUACAAGGUCAUGACCCUCCAGGUAAUGUUUUUCUUCAUCUGUGAAGACCAGUGGCACUACUGGUUCCAUCGCUUGUUCCACAUCGGCUGGUUCUACAAGAACAUCCACAAGCAACAUCAUCGUUAUGCGGCCCCAUUUGGGCUUGCUGCCGAAUACGCCCACCCGGUCGAAGUCAUGGCUUUGGGCACUGGCACUGUGGGAUUCCCUAUCUUGUAUGCUUGGGUGGCCACCAAGUAUACUCUGCUUCCUAGUUUGCACUUGUUUACCGUCACUUUGUGGGUUUGCUUGAGAUUAUUACAAGCAGUGGAUUCACACUCAGGCUACGAUUUCCCAUGGUCCUUGCAUUACUACUUUCCCCUCUGGGCAGGAUCAGCACACCACGAUCUCCACCACCAUUACUUCAUUGGAAAUUACGCCAGUUCCUUCAGCUACAUGGACUAUAUCUUGGAUACCGAAAGCGGACCGGGUGCAAAAAGCAACAGAGAGAAUAAAAUGAAGUCCAAGGCAGAAAAGAAGAAUAUAUAG